AUCACACUUCCAAUAAAUAAAAAAAUAUAUAAUAUAAUAAAAUAUUGCAACACUUCUUUCCCUCCACGUUAUCAUCUCCUUAUAAAACACCCGCCAUAAUUUAAAACGAUUCACACUAUUUUCAUCUCAAGCUACCUGCUCUCAUGGACUUCCUCCUUCUCUUCUUCCUCCUCACUAUCCCUCUCUUCUCCUUCCUCUUCUUCUUCCUCUUCCUCAACACUUCAUCAUCAUCAUUAUCUCUACAAACCUACCCUCUCAUCGGAAACCUCCCCCAGUUCCUCCACAACCGCCACCGUUUCCUCGACUGGACCACCGACAUCCUCUCCUCCUCCCCAACCAACACCUUCACCUUCGCCCGUCUCGGCUCCUGUGGCGUCAUCACCGCCAACCCUUCCAACGUCGAACACCUCCUCAAAACCAACUUCUCCUCCUUCCCCAAAGGCUCCCGCUCCUUCACUCACCUCCAUGACUUCCUCGGCCUCGGCAUCUUCAACGUCGACGGCGACCUCUGGCGCUCUCAGCGUAAAACCGCCAGCUUUGAGUUUAACACUCGCUCUCUCCGCUCUUUCGUCGUCCGCAUCGUCCAGCACGAGACUCUUAACCGUCUCCUCCCUCUCCUCUCCGUCUCCGGCUCCAACUCCGCCUCACUCGACCUCCAAGACCUUCUCGAACGCUUCGCGUUCGACAACGUCUGCCAGCUUGCUUUCAAUGAAGACCCUGCUUGUCUCACUGCUGACCAUGUAACAGAGUUUGCCGGAGCUUUCCGUGCUGCUACUGAGCUUAUUUCCGGUAGGUUCCGGUAUGCUUUGCCUCGGUUCUGGAUGCUCAAAAGGAUGCUCAACAUGGGGUCUGAGAAACGGCUCAAAGAGUCUAUAGCUACUGUGCAUGAUUUUGCUGAGAGGAUCAUUAGGAUUAGAAGGAAGGAGAAGAAGAGUGAAGAGGAUUUACUUUCAAGGUUCAUGGCAGAUAAGGAGAACUCUGAUGUGUUUCUUCGUGAUAUUGUUAUCAGCUUCAUUCUCGCCGGCCGGGACACGACUUCUUCGGCCCUUACUUGGUUUUUCUGGCUCUUGGCUUCGCACCCGGAGGUCAAGCACCGGAUACUGCAAGAGGUCAGGGCAGUGAGAGCAAAAAGGAAACUUGGUAGUGUUGGAACUGAAGCUUUUGAUUAUGAGGAGCUGAGAGAGAUGCAGUAUAUCCAUGCCGCGAUUUCUGAGUCUAUGAGGCUUUAUCCUCCUGUGCCUAUAAACACAAUGAUGUGCUAUGAAGAUCAAGUGUUUCCUGAUGGAACUGCAGUCAAGAAAGGAUGGUUUGUUACUUACCAUGCUUAUGCAAUGGGGAGGAUGGUAGGGAUUUGGGGAGAGGAUUGCAUGGACUUUAAGCCUGAACGGUGGUUGGAUGAGGAUGGGAAUUUCCAGCCAGAGAGCCCAUAUAGAUACCCGGCAUUUCAUGCCGGUCCGAGGAUGUGCUUGGGGAAGGAAAUGGCUUAUAUUCAGAUGAAAUCCAUCAUUGCUUGUGUGCUGGAGAGGUUUGUCAUUGACGUUAUCGACAAGGAAAGGAUACCGGGGAAAACACAGGCCCUGACACUGAGGAUGAAGGGUGGUCUGCAUGUUCGAAUCAGGGAGAGAUUUCCAAGUGUUGUUGUAUGAUUUGUAUUAUGUUUGAUAAUCAAUUUGAUCUUAUACAAUUGAACUUAAACCA